GUGCAAUACUUUCUGUUCUUCCUUGUCUUUCCUGCAUGUCUUGGAAGGAAACAUUUGAAAUGCUUUCUCGAAGCAGUAUACAGGGAUGAUCAAAGACAAACCAUCUGUGGAUCUGUAAAAUUAAACAUGAGUACAUUUGAGGGUCGUAUGAAAGAAUAUCCAACCGUGUCAUUAGAUCGAUUUGACAAAGAAAAUCGAAAUGCCAGAGCUUAUUUUUUGUCUCACUGUCAUAAAGAUCACAUGAAAGGGCUGAAAGCUCCAGCUCUGAAAAGGAGACUGGAAUGCAGUUUGACGGUUCGCCUAUACUGUUCACCAGUAACCAAGGAGCUUCUACUGAUCAGUCCUAGGUACAACUUUUGGGAAACUCAUAUUGUUGCCAUUGAAGUGGAAACACCAACACAAAUUUCAUUAAUAGAUGAGACAUCAGGAGAGAAAGAGGAUGUUGUAGUGACACUUCUUCCUGCUGGUCAUUGCCCAGGAUCAGUCAUGUUUCUGUUUGAAGGUAACAAUGGGACAGUUCUCUAUACAGGAGAUUUCAGAAUGGCCAAGGGGGAAGCAGCUCGAAUGGAACUUUUACACUCAGGGGACAGAGUAAAAGACAUUAAGAGUGUUUAUCUUGACACAACCUUUUUUGACCCCAGAUUCUAUCAGAUACCAAGCAGGGAGGAGUGUUUAAAUGGAAUAAGGGAGUUGGUGAGAAGCUGGAUAACCCUCAGCCCAUAUCAUGCAGUGUGGUUAAACUGCAAGGCUGCCUAUGGUUAUGAAUACCUUUUCACAAACCUCAGUGAGGAGUUUGGAUUACAGGUCCAUGUCAAGAAUUUAGAUAUGUUCAAAAAGAUGCCUGAAAUCCUCAAUCAUGUGACCACUGACAGGACGACUCGGAUACAUGCAUGUAGACAUCCAAGGGAUGCUGAGUUCUUCAGAGGGAAUAGGUUGCCAUGUGGUAUGUUAGCUAAAGACGGGACACCACUGCGCAUUAUCAGCAUUAAACCCUCCACCAUGUGGUUUGGGGAGAGAAGAAAGAAAACCAAUGUCAUAGUGAGACAAGGAGCAAGUUCUUACCGAGCUUGUUUCUCCUUUCAUUCGUCCUACACUGAGAUAAAGGAUUUCCUUACUCAUAUCUGCCCUGUUGAGAUAUACCCUAGUGUAAUCCCAAUUGGCAGAACGAUAGAGGAUGUCAAAGAAAUCUUACGGCCACUGUGCAGAGCAAAUUCUGGAACUGGGGAGGUCAUUUAUAAACCACUGGGGGCUCUGAAAAGAGCAAAAAUGAAUUUCACAUCCCAAAUAGAAUCGGACAGUGAAGAAGACCUUUUUGAUGACAUGCAGAUUUCUCCUCGGAGACGCAAGUUGCCUAUGAAACAACUCAAACCUGUACAACCGAAAAUGGAGAACCCAUCUGGAAUUCCUGCAAGACCUCAGGCCAGCUGCUGUGGGGACAUGACUGAGAUGGAAAUCAACUCCUCUACCCUGAAGGGAGAUUUCAUGGACUGUGAAGAAUCUAAUGAUGAUGAAGAUGAGGAGGAAGAAACAUCUGUAAACACUAUGGAGUAUGAUACAAAGAAUGAUGCCAAAUCCUGUACAAAAUCUACUGACAUCCAACAGAAAGUACUAAACUCUUUAAAAGAAGAAACCAGUGAAAACCAACUUAGCAACGACCAAGAAAGCAAAGAACCUGUCCCAGAUUUAAUUGCUAUCAAACCGGAAGUGCCAAAAUGGGAUGCUUUUUUUAAACCGGAACCAGUGUUGACGGAUGAAGGCUCUGAACUUGAGGACAGUCAGGAACAUUCAAGAAACACUACUCAAUCCCAGUCACCCAGCCUGUUCAGUGAUUCAGAUGAUGGGGACUCCAUCCAUAUCUCCUCCCAGUCAACCCACCUCUCGGAACAAGGCAGUGAAGGCUGGGGCAGCCAGCAAGACAGUGUUGGUAUAUGCUAAAGAAAGGAAAGCCAAACAGUUGAAAUACUUAAAUAAGGAGCUGCGCAUGUUGGGACACACAGCAUCCCCUGUGGGCACCUGCAACUUCUUUAAUGCCAAUGAGAGGCUCUUAAAUAAUAAUGAUAACCAGUCCUUCCCCUUGCAGCAUUUAACAGAGACAUUAAGAGAGAUCAAGUCUGAAACAUGCAGAUAAAACCGCGGUCUCUCUUCUGGAAGUAAAAUCAGAAUCACAGACAUCCUCCGAUUUUGAAAUUCCCUCUACUCCUGAGCCUGAGAUACCUCAAGCAGAACAGUUAAAGGACUUGUACAAAAAGCUGGCAGCAGGAGAGCUAGUAGCGGUUAAGAAUAGUAAAUACACAACCCAAGAAUAUUUUAAGUACAACCCCCCCCCAGAAAAACAAGGUUCACUUUUAUUUACUAGUUGGGAGCCAAGUGAUCGCUGCUGUUGCAUUGUCUCUUACCGUAAAAAAAGGUGUAUAAUAUAAUAUACUUGGUGUCCCUCAUUUACCCAGGUGUUCCCAUUUUUUUUUCCACUACCUGUAGAAAAUACUUGUACAAAGGUUUUUACAAUAAUUCUAUUCAAAUACCUCAUGUCAAACAGAGUUCAAUAAAUUGACCAAUACAGCUUCAGACAGAUUCCUUUCUGCUGAAUGUACAUAAUUAUCUCAGUUGUUAAAAUGCAUUUUUAAUGUAUUAAACUCCACCCCUGGAUGUUCUUGAGAACUGUUGCAAUAAAUACAUGUUCCAUGCUGCUCUUGGCCAGGUGAGUCUGAACACAAAUUAUAUCUCAAUUCCAUUACAGAUGGUUAUAUCAGGGCAUGUCAAAGUUAUGUAUGUCUAGUUUUCAGUAUAUUGUAUGAUGUUUUGUACUUCCAUUAAAUUUUGUCUGAAGACUUUGUGAGUUACAUUAAAGUGAUUUGUUCAGCA